CGAAAUUUCUGAGAGGGAGAGAGAGAGAGUGAAGAGAGAGAGUGAGAGAGAGAGAGGGGUAGCAUCAGGAGCAAGAGAACACGAUGUCAAAGAAACGAGGGCUUUCGUUGGAGGAGAAGCGGGAGAAGAUGCUUCAGAUAUUCUAUGAGUCUCAAGACUUCUUCCUGCUUAAGGAACUUGAGAAGAUGGGGCCGAAGAGGGGUGUAAUUAGUCAGUCAGUGAAGGAUGUUAUCCAGAGUUUGGUGGAUGAUGAUCUUGUUGCCAAGGACAAGAUUGGAAUUUCUAUCUACUUUUGGAGCCUUCCUAGCUGUGCUGGCAACCAACUUAGGAGUGUUCGCCAGAAGCUUGAAACUGAUCUCCAGGGUAGUAAUAAAAGGCUAGCAGAACUUGUUGAUCAGUGUGAGGCCCUAAAGAAGGGAAGGGAGGAAACCGAGGAACGAACAGAGGCCUUGACGCAACUUAAAGAUAUUGAAAGGAAACACAAAGAGCUGAAGAACGAGAUGGUACAAUUUGCUGACAACGAUCCAGCUACCUUGGAGGCAAAGAGGACUGCAAUUGAAGUUGCCCACCAAUCGGCUAACAGAUGGACAGAUAACAUCUUCACAUUGCGACAAUGGUGUUCAAACAACUUCCCCCAGGCCAAGGAACAGCUGGAACAUCUAUACACGGAGGCGGGAAUCACUGACGACUUUGAUUACAUAGAGCUAUCUUCAUUCCCUUUGAGCUCAUCCCAUGAAGCUAAUACUCCAAAGCAGCUAGUAGAAGAUGAAGUUUAGUUUUAAUACUUUGCAGCAUAACAGUUAAAGACACUCUAAAAUCAAAAUCUUCUGGUUCUUUAUCAGUAGUUUUAAAAGGUUGCAACGGUCUAUCAUUGUUUGUGACCAGAUCAUCUAAGUCAAAACUCUUUCACCACAGUUUUGUGGUCAUAUAAGAUUUUUAAUGUCCUAUGCCUUCUGUUUUAAUAUUUUAUAAUCUGUGGCAUUAAAAAUCAUAGGCAUUAAAAAAUCUUAUAUGACCACAAAACUGUGGUGAAAGAGUUGGUAAUCCGGAGUUUUGACUUAGAUGAUCUGGUCACAAACAAUGACAGACCGUUGCAACCUUUUAGGACUACUAAUAAAGAACCAGAAGAUUUUGAUUUUAGCUAGAGUGUCUUUAACUGUUAUGCUGCAAAGUAUUUAAAACUAAGCUUCAUCUUCUACUAGCUGCCUUGCAGUAUCAGCUUCAUGGGAUGAGCUCAAAGGGAAUGCAGAUAGCUCUAUGUAAUCAAAGUCGUCAGUAAUUCCCGCCUGAAAUUACCAAUCUGAUUAAGUCUCUCUAUGUCCUAUGCCUUCUGUUUUAAUAUUUUAUUGGAGUCAUAUAUAUUAUGCUUGUUGUUGACCCACAGGUUAUUUCUUAAUGGCUGUAUUACACAAUUUCAUAUUCUUUAUUAGCCGCUUUUUUCAGUCGUGCGCAGCACUUAUAUUAUACAACCUCCAGGCCAGUUUUGGUGCUCCCAGAAAAGGAAAUAGGCGUAGACUUUGUACUUUCGGGUAGUUUGUGUUUCUGUGUUAUCUUAAUCGCAGGUUGUCUGUUUUGACGAUGAUGAGCUGAGCUUUACAAAAGAAGAACAUGGAAGCUCACUCUGUUUUUCUCAUCCUUUUUGGCGUCAUUGCCACUGCCAUUGUAGUUGAUGGCCAAGGCCAAGCAGGUUUCAUCAGCAUAGAUUGUGGGGCGCCCCCUAAUAUAAACUAUGUAGACACUGAUACUGGUAUCAGUUACACCUGGGAUGCACCUUUCAUAAACGCUGGAGUAAAUGUGAACGUCUCUGAAGAAUACGGCUGCCAUUCCCACUUGCUACUCCUUAACCCAUCAGAGCUUCGUUUAUGUAUGGAAACGACGAUGGUAAAAAAGCCUUGCCUGAGUUUGAUCUCUAGGUAAAAGUGAAUUUCUGGACCCCAGUGAAAUUCAGAAAUGCUUCUGAGAACGUCGUCAAGGAGAUUCUCAGCUUUGCAGAGUCAGAUACAUUAUAUAUUUGCCUUGUGAACAAGGGUAAAGGAACUCCUUUUAUUUCAGCCCUGGAGCUCCGGCCAAUGAACAGUUCAAUCUAUGGUACUGAGUUUGGAAGAAAUGUCUCAUUGGUACUCUAUCGAAGAUGGGAUACAGGAUAUUUGAAUGGAACAGGACGGUACCAAAAGGAUACAUAUGAUGGUAUUUGGUCUCCGUACUCUCCAGUCUCUUGGAAUUCAACUAUGACUACUGGGUAUAUUGAUAUUUUUCAGUCUGGUUAUCGGCCACCAGAUGAAGUUAUUAAGACAGCUGCAUCACCUAAAAGUGAUGAUGAGCCAUUGGAACUGUCCUGGACAUCAGGCGAUCCAGAUACUCGGUUCUAUGCCUACCUUUAUUUUGUAGAACUCGAAAAUCUCAAGAGGAAUGAGAGCAGAAAAAUCAAGAUAUUCUGGAAUGAGUCGCCUGUUUCAGGAGCUUUCAACCCCUCUUCUGAGUAUUCAAUGACAGUGUCUAAUUCACGAGCUUUCACUGGUAAAGAUCACUGGAUUUCUGUUCAGAAGACCGCAGAUUCAACGCGUCCACCAAUACUCAAUGCUAUUGAGAUAUUUACAGCACAAUCUCUGGAUGAAUUUUCCACCACAGUUGAAGACGUUCACGCCAUAGAAAUUAGAAAGUAUAAGAUCAACGUAUAAAGUGAGUAAGGUUUGGAGUGGUGAUCCUUGCUCCCCAAGACUAUUCCCUUGGGAAAGUAUUGGAUGCAGCUACAACAAUUCUAAUUACCAAAUCAAGUCCCUAAAUCUUAGCUCAAGCGGGUUACACGGACCAAUAGCCUUCGCAUUUAGAAAUCUCUCUCUUGAGUCAUUGGAUUUAUCAACCAACAACUUAAGAGGAAACGUACCAAAAUUUUUGGCUGAUCUACAACAUUUGAAGUUCCGGAAUUUGAAUGGAAAUAACUUGACUGGGUUUAUACCGAGAGCUCUUAGAAAACGAUCAACAGCUAAUGGGCUUGCACUGAGUGUGGAUGAACAAAACAUUUGUCACUCACGUCCAUGUCGGGGCGGGAAUAAAAUCGUUGUGCCAUUAGUUGUAUCGGAUCCUCAUUAGUGAUCACUCUCAUUGUAGCCGUGGCUAUCAUAUUCAUCAUGCGAAGGGAAAGAAAAAAUAAGUAAGCACAGCUUGGUCUUUUACUUCGAUUCAAGUUUCAUGAAAGUCAGAAUUAAUGCUGAAAGUCAGCUUGAUCUACAAACUGUUAUUCGUCAAGUUGGUAGAAGAGCGAAGAACAGUCACAUUUCUACAGCUAAUUAAUUAUCCAACGAUGCCAUGUUGAUUUGAACUUUUGGAGUAUUAACUUAAGACUAGCUAGCCAAAAUAUUCCAGCACAAACUAUUUUUAUGCCGAAUCUCGCUUAUAUUUCACUAAUUACAUGACGAUCUCUUUUAUUAUGUGUUAGAUAAGCACAAAUAAGAUAUGAUA